GUAUGGCAGUUCUAGAUCUGCAGCGCGCCCAUUCACCUACCCUCUUGACUGCCAUCAUAUCCAAUCAGACCUGGCACCUUUGUAGACAACAACCUUUCCCAACGACAUUUCUCGAGCAACGCGGCGCCAUCCUCGACAUCAAACCUACCUAGCUGAAACCGAGCGACUCUCGCCAACAUGACACCCCCACCAUACCUCUACCACGCCCUCCUUCGGCCUUCGAUUCUCCAGAUCCUCCGCGCAGCCGGCUACCACGGCGCCCGCACCUCCGUCCUCGACUCAGUAACGGACAUGGCCGCCCGCUACCUGGACGCGCUUUGUCGCCUCACAGCCACCUUCGCCGCGCACAAUAACGAAGAGCCCGAGACGGGCGAGCUGGUACCAACGAUAGUCGACGUGCGCAUGGCCCUGCAGCAAAUCGGCGCUCUGUUACCCGAGAGAUCGGAACUGGAACAGCUGUAUAACGGCGUGGAAGACACUCGGGGAGUGGACGCCUUUGUCGCGUGGGCGGCAGGUCCUGUCAGCAAGGAGAUCAAGAGGAUAGCACUUGACAGUGACGAGGCGACGGAUUAUCUCAAUGCUCUCAAGCUAAAACACAGCAAAAACGACGACGACUCUCGCUACACGGGCUCGCUCCUCGGCAAAUGCAUCGAACAUGGCAACGUCGAGGUGGAAGGUGGCAAAUACCACAGCAUCGCCCUAUGGGAGGAGAAGAUGAAGGAAGCCGCGCGACGACCGACAUCACAACCACAACCCCAAGAAGACAAGCCGGAGGACAUCAACGGCGACAGGGAAGAUUCGCGCCCGCCAAGCUCCGGGCUGAGCUCGAUUGGCGACCAGAGCAUAGCCGACCCCAUGGACUUGGAAUGAGCGAAUACACUGAGGUCCUG